UAACUCGUCAAACACUUCGCCAAAGUCACUUUAAGAAAAAAAAUCAGGGUGAUGGCUUAAAAUUUAAUAGACAUAAUCCUCUUGUAUUUUCUUAUUAUUAUUAUUAUCCUGAUGAUCAAACAAUACAUUAUGAUAAUCUGACUUUUCAAAUGAGAGAAGCCAACAGUCCCCUCACACUGCCCGGUGACUCACGUGAAGGACUACUUCCAGAAUGGACUUUGUCUUGGUUUCCCUGUUAACUGCCUCCUUUCUCAUUGACUGGUGUUACGCUGAGAUAACGACACCACAAGACAACGAAAACUGUUAUUCGGCCUGCCCAGCUGGAUAUAGGAGCUCGAGAAAAUGUGAUGAUGAAAAGUACACAUGCAAAAUCUGUCAAAAGGGAACAUUCACAGAGAUUUACAACACGCAUGGUAGUUGCCUGACGUGCACAGCCUGCAACUCUGACAAGCAUGGGAUUGAAUUACAGCCCUGUGUCCAUAACAGAAACACUCUAUGUGGCUGUGAAAAGGGAUACUACAACAUGGGCAGGCCAGAAGAAUUGAUGUGCACAAAAUGCUUCAGUGUCCUCAGCAAGAAGUGUAAAAACUGCAAAAAGUAGGAGAUUGUGUUUCUUUUUCCUCAUGAGCAGUCAGAUUCAUAAUUAUUUUAAAUUGAUCCACAUCAGAUCCUGUGAUAGACAGGCUCCCUGUGCAGGUUGUG